UCCCUAUUUAAAGCAUGAGUGCCGCUCUACUUCCGUAGUUUCACGAGUGUUUAACAAUGAGAGACGGGGCUGUUUGGCUGCGCGUCCUGGGAUUCAGGGGAACGGUUCUCCUCUGCAUUGCGCUCUUCCUCAGCCAGCGGAAAGCCAGGGUCGGGGCCAACUCUGUUUGCCACAGGCAGGGCUGUCUGUUUAACAGCAGUGCCACCGGAGGAUGGACCUUCAUCUUUCAGGAUUACUACAACAGAGAGCUGACUUUCUACUAUGACUUUGGCCAGAAGAAGUUCGUGGCAGCAAAGCCAUGGAUGCAGGGGAUUGUGGACAGGUUGAACAAGGAUGAAGCGGAAGCGACAUACCAGGGCGGGAUCCGUGUGUGUGAGAACAACAUCCCCAUUGUUGAAAAAUGGGUGCUGCCCCGGAGAGUUGAACCCGAGAUCACCAUCCGACCUAAAGUCUCGCCCUCCCAGUCAGGGCAGCUGGCCCUGCUCACCUGUCAUGUCACUGGGUUUUACCCUCCGGAGAUUGAAGUCAAGUGGCUGAAGAACGGAGCCCCAGUCCCUGCUGGAGCCAUCAAUACAGUCCUGUUGUCAGAUGGUGAUUGGACAUACCAGGUGGAGGAACUCCUGCAGUAUGACCCAGUGUCUGGGGAUAAAUACACCUGUCACGUGGAGCACAGCAGCCUGACGGAGCCCAUGACCAUGGACUGGGAAGUGCAGAUCACGCCAGAAUCAGAGAGAACAAAGAUCAUCGUGGGAGCAUUGGGAUUUGUGCUUGGGCUGCUCAUCCUGCUGGCAGCAGUCAUCAUGAAGCUGAAGAAUGCUAAAGCUAUUCUGGAUUCCAGCAGUCACGGCCCACGUCUGAUGGGCCCACAAAUCAGUUAACCCAGUCUCAAGCACAGUGCAGUUUCUAUCCUCCAUGGUGGUUUGAACCUGCUGACUGCCCCAGGACUCCAGCCCAGUGGGUAGGAAGCUGCUCUGUUGGCUUUGAAAGCAGUUCCCUCUACGCAACAAUAUAAAGGUUCACUGAAAGCUCGACCCUGCUGAACACCCAGUGUGACUGUAGCUUGUAUACUGCAGUCAAUCUAUUUCUCACUGGUUUGGGGAUCAUUCCCAAAUGUCCUGUAAUAAUCCUUCCUGUCUUGCUAUAACACCCUUCAAUCUCUAACUGUAAAUUGGCAUCUUAAAUAUUACUGUUCUCUACAGUUUAAAUGAUUUUAUUGCAAACAUUGAUCUUUGUAUCUACUGAUGGCAUGGUUUAGAUUAAACACUUUGGGAUGCCUACUUGUUGCUUGCUGUCAUUGUUCCCCAGUAUUUGUCACUCUGAUUCUCCCAGAUGUUCUCACCCACAUGGCAUUUUAAUUCCUCAGUAAAUGUUACCCACUGGGCAGUGGACCUGCCAUCCACAACACUCCAAGUAUUUGGGGUCCAGUGUGAAGUUUAAUCUGUCUCAUUCUGCAAACUCCUCCCUGCCUGGGGUAGAGUGGUUAAGUAGAAAGGAUGGGCUCCCAAUCUCCCUCAGUGAAGGAACAGCCAUUGACUCAGACUUCAAUGUUCUUCCUGAUGGCACCAAAUGAUGCCAGUCCUGGGACUGGAGAAACUGGGGGAGAAGCAACUGGAAACUAGGUGUGGGUUGUCUAAUGAGUCCAAUUGAUUCCUUUCCCUACUGUCCUUUCCUCUAGCUGAGCCACUCUCCUCCAGGGCAGAGGCAAAUCAGUGUGGAAAAUCAAGGCAAAUGAUGUUGGAAAUGUAAAAUAAAAUCAGUAUUGGGAACUCAUUAUGGUUUUCUGCUGAUUACAGUGAUGGGGAGCUUUAAUAAUCUGAGUACAGAAGGGGAAGGUGCCCUCAACUGAAGGGAGGGCAGAAUGGAACAUCCCAAUUGGUGGUUGGGUGGGGAGGGAUAUAUUGGGACUUCACCAGGGGUAGGAGAAAGCCCUUUGCUCCACAGGAGCAGUCUGGGAAGUAUGCAGUCCCACUGAGAUGUACAUCCUUGUCUGAGUGUCCUAGAGAGGGAGCACACGUUGUCCACUGCCACUCUGAAUACCCUCCAGUGCCAGCAGUGGGCACAGGAGCUGGUGUGCACCCUGGAAAAUGAGGAUUGUAUAUCUUAAAUGCAGCUGUAAUGUGGAAUUGUAUCUCAUUCUACUCAGUGGGCACUUUAUUGGGUAAACCUGUGCAGCUGCUUGUUAAUACAAAUAUCUGUCAUCCUAUGAUGUGGCAUUAACUUGUGUUAAUGAUGUGAGCAUGGUCAAGAGACCAAACUUCAGCAAGGGGAAGAAAUGUGAUCUAAAUCUUGACCAUGAGUUGAUUGUUGGUGCUGGACAGUGCAGCUUGAGCAUUUCACAAGCUACUGAUCUUAGAUUUUUCAUGCAAACUAUUUUGAGUUUAUGGAGAAUAGUGCAAAAAUUAAAAAAAAAAACCUGUGGCAGUUUUGUGGGUGAAAAUGCAUCGUUAAUGAGGGAGGCCAGAGGAGAAUGGCCAGACCAGUUCAAGCUGAUGGGAAAAUGACUAACUCAACUACACAUUACAGCAGGCAUGCAGAAUAGCAUCAAUGAAUGCACAACACAUAGACCAUCCACUUUGAAGGUCAACAGCAGCAGACCAAGUUCCAUUACUGUAGCUUAAAGUGGCCCCUGAGAGCCCUGUAGCAUUUGUCAGUUCGAUCCUCGGAAACUGUCUAUACAAUCUUCACCUCUUGUAAUAUGAUGUCUGUCAGGUAUAUUGUCAGUUUCUCACACAAGAGGAACCAAAGCAAGUUUGUUCAACUUCUCAGCAAAAAAAAAAAAAUCUCCAACCAGGCAACAUCCUUUUGGACCUCUUCCAUGCUCUCUCUGGACAUUGAUGGUGUUUUUCAGGCAAUUGAGUGAUCUGGUGGUUUGCUGUCUGAGGGAGUUUGAGGUUUCAAGUAGUGUGGGGCCUGAAGGUCAAGAAGCCUGGAGAUGGGGUGUGAGCCCCAUGAUCAACUCCAUUUCUUGCUGACCUGACUGAUUAAAUCAUCAAACAAGAUUGAAAUCAAUGAAGAUGAGAGCAGAAGGUGAGAUGGUGUCCAGUGCCAUCUGCCUGCAUUUGGCCCGUCUCUUAUGUGCUGCUCCUGGAGGAAGAUGUCUGCAUGUGAAUGAGGGACCAGUCACCGCUUCUGGAGGAAGGGACCUGUGUUUGACUGGUCUUGCUUAAUGCUACCAGAGCCCUGGGUUUUGGGAAAAGUUUAAUCAAAAAUGGUUUGUAGAUUGGACAAUGUGUUUGAUUUCUGGUUACUUUUAUUUUUAUUGUUUUUUGUGAUUGGUUGGGGUGGGCGGGCUCUGCAGCCUGCAGUCAAUGAGACAUCACCAGAUUGAUCUGAAAUAAAACUAGUGUCCUUGGACUGUU